UCUUGUAUUCGGAUUUCGGUGUUGAUAUUAUAAUAUCAUUGUUAUUCUGACACUGCUUUGUUAAAACGUUACAGAUUAUUAUUAUUAUUAUUAUAUAAUAUACUAUGUAUUUAAUGUUAUUAGUACACAACACUUGUGUGAUUCGUUUAUUGUUUGGUUAUUCAUUUUCGAACUGAUUUAUACCGUACUAUACGACUAUUUUUCACGUCGUUGAUUGACAAUUUAUAAUAAAACGUUAUAAUUUACUUCAAUUGCAAUACGCUUACAGGCUUUAAAAUGUCUGAUACGGAUUCUAUAAAAACAGACAGAUCGCAAACGGAUUUGCAGCAAAAAUAUGAUAAAUUAGCUAUGGAGUUUGCUAAAGUUAGAAUGCAAUUAAACGUAUUAAAAAAAGCGUAUACUUCAAAAGUUUCAAAAAGUGAUAAAAGAAGCAUAGAUUCUCUUGAUCAAUUAGAAGGUUGUAAGUAUGAUACAAUGUCAACAAAUAGUUUGGAAUUGCAAGAUGACUACAAUAAGUUAAAUCAAAAUCAUUCUAAACUCAAAGGAGUAGAGGAAGUCAAGUCAAAAGACUUCUUACUUCUUAAACAAGAUGUUAGUUCAAUGAACCAUUGUAUUCAAAGAGUACUAGAAAUAACUAAACCGGAUAAAAUUGAUUAUAAUGUUAUUAUGUCGGAGAUUGAAUAUUGCAAAAAUGUACAAACUAAAUAUCCUAGCAAGUAUUGUGAUAUUCUUAAUAAUGAAUUAUCAUCGCUGAAGAAUUCAGUAAACACGUGCUUACAAAAUAUAUUGUACUAUAAACUGGAGUCUAGAACAAAAGUGAAUGCUGAUGACGUCCGUCUUAAUUAUCCCCACCAUUAUUGCUUGGAAAAUGACUAUAAACUUGAUGAAAACAGAUGGAAAAAAGUAUUUGUUACCUUGGUAAUACAUUUUUUUUGUUCUUUCGUGGAAGAUUUUCAUCGGCUUUUAGAAUACUUGCUGAAAGACCUUAAUACCAAAGCUUUAACUAGUAUUCAAAAAAAUGUUGAAUCAUUAUUAAAUCAAUCCAAUACAGAUUCGUUAAUUUUGGAAAAAAUUAAAAUUUAUUGUAAUGAUUUGAAAAAAAUAACGUUUACGGGAGAGAAUACUCUUAUGGAAAAUAUUAUAUCUUUUAUGUCAAAUAAAUAUAUGGAUUUUGUAGAAUGUGUUAAAAAUUUAAUAAAAUCAGAUAACACAAAUGAUGUCCUUGAUUGCGGUUCAUUACGCCAGAGUAUCAUAUCGUUAAUGGUAUUAAAGUUUCCUAUUAAAGAAUUAACAUCAAAUGAAGAGCUCUGGAACGCAAAAGAUAUCACUCAUAAAUUAAAUGUUAUUUAUAACACUGCCCAUACGCUUCUACGAGCGAUCAAUAUCCUGGAAUUUGAAUACUUUUAUACAAAUAGUCAAAUGGAUAUGCACUGGCAUUUGAAAAAUUUGUUGUUACACGCCAAUAUAUCAAAAGAAGCUAAAAAAGACUUGACAUCCCCUUUAAUUGCCAAUGAAUGUUUUGAAAAAGCAUUAAAAAUUUACAAUGAUAAAUUGAAUGAAGAAAUGGACAAGUCGAAACAGUUAGAAAAUGAAAAAAUCCAUUGGGAGACUGAGUAUAAAUUGUUGCAACAAAAAUAUGAAAAAGUAACAAUUAGUGCUCAUGAUGUUGGUUCUAAUGGAUUAUUUACUAUUGAAAAUCAGUUAGGAAAACUCGAAUCGUCUGUACAGUUAAGCGACGAAAUCAUUGCAAGAGAAAAUGAAACAAAGAUGUACUUUGAAAAUAAAAUUAACGAACUUGUUCAUGUUAAUAAACAGUUAUCAGGCCAAAGUAACACUCAAAAAAUGGAGAUUUCGGCAUUGCGCACAAAGCUUGACCACAGUGUCCUAGUGCGUAGCAAGUUGGAAGUGAAGUUACAAGAUGCAUUGGAACAGAUACAAGAACUAAAAGAAGAAUUUCAUUUGACUACUACAAAUUACGAAGCUCAACUAAGGGCUUUGACUGAACAUUUAGCCAGCUUAAAUGAGACCGUGAUAUUGGAGCGCAAACAUAUUGAUGAUCUCAAUUGCCAAUUAAAAACAAAAGGAGACAAGAAAAAACCAUCAAAAUGAAGUAUUUUACUGUCAAUCUCAGUAUUAUAUUACUAUUGUAUAUUUAAUUAUUAAUCACCGUUGUAUUGUAGAUCGUUUUACAUUUCCCUUUAUACAUUGCUAAUUAUUGUAUAGUAUAUCGACAAUCACAACAAAAAAGGUUGUAUCUCAAUAUUUUCUAAAACAUUGAAAAGUCAGAAAAAUUACAAGAUAGAAAAAUCUAAAAAAUUGAAGAAAGUAAGAUACAACCUUUUAUGUUGGGGGUAUCAGUAUCAUGUAGGUACAUCGUAAAAACUAUUAUUUAUUUAGAGUCAUACCACCUAUCAGCGUUAAGCCAUUGUGAUACAUAUUUAUUUUUUAUUUUACAAUAUCAUUCCACUUAUACCAUAUUAAUUAUAUUAGUUAUUUUUAAUGUUAUAUACUUGUUAAACUAUUUACUCAUUAUUGUUACAUACUCAUGCUAGAUAUCUAGUUAUCUAAUAGUAAUAAUUGAACAAUAUAUCAUGUUUAUAAGGACAACAUUUAAAACAUGUUUUGUUGCGUGUAAUUGUACUAACAUAUUAAAAUAUAAUAAUGGGAUUUAACUACUACUAAAUAAGGAAUAAAAAAUAUUCCAUCAUGCAAGUUUUGUAACUAAAUACAAAUAUUCAUAUCUAUAAAAAAAAACCAUAUUAU